AUGCCGCCCGUCCUGCGAAAGUUGCCUAUAGAACAUGUGAGAACCAUCGCGGAUCCCGAGGUUGACGAGCCCCGAGAGGCCGAGAGGAGAGUAGACAUCGAACCUGCGGCCGGCGACCAGCUCGGCCCCCGACACACCGUACUUUCAGGAGCGGAAAGCACAGAUCUAGGUGCUGAAGAAGGCCCUUUGGAUUUCUCGCUAAGCAACGAUGAAUCUAUUGAUUUUCCUCCUGAAUACCUCCAGUUUCAAGAUUUUGGACUAGGAAAUAGGACCUUUCGCCCGCGGAAGCCGAUCCAAAAACACCCAUACGCUCUAGAGAAUGCCUUGUAUUCAAAGAUCUUCAAGUCCCACGGAUUAAAGCCCGUGCGUCUAGAAACUCAGUCCAGCCAACGCCGAAAUCCCGAGCCGGAGGAUGACUCGCAGGAGCGAGAUUUCGAGGACGAGACGCAGGAGACGGGCGACACGGUUGAUCUUUCCGAUGAGAGCCAAGCGCAGGCUCCUCUUGACGAGCCCCAGAUACAUGUUAAAGGUGCCGGCUGGGCUCUUCUCAUCAUCCCCACCGCGUCCGACCCCAUCCCGGCAGCCAACUCCAGAACCAGUGUUGGUCCCGCGCCUAUGCUGCAGAGGACCUUGAUUCUCGAGCCGACUGUAGCGGGGCGGACAGAGGGAGCCGAAGAGCUAGAGGAAGAGAGUGGCUCUUCGGCGAUGGAGGACAAUCAUAUCGAUGUAAUGGCGCCUGUGAAACCCCGUUCAAAGCGGAGGCCAAUGGGCGCUGGAUCCUCAAAGCCGGUCAAGAAAGCAAGACUCUCGAAUAGCCGCAGCACCCAAUCUCGGAUCACCUCUCAUUUUGGCGCAACGGAUGAUCAGGUGCCUGCCGCCCCACGUCCCGCAAAACGCAAGGCCCACCGCCGCCCCCGCACCCGUGUCUCCGGCUCGAGGCAAACCACCAGCCGCAUUCGACCACACGUUCCUAUCCCGAAACUUGGUAUCCUCGACGUCAUAGAACCUGGUGCGCCUCGGGCCCCCGAGGCCCUUCGCAGCCUCUGUAGGCGCGAGGAGGACCUGGCUGAUCCCGUGCCUGUGCACGCCGGGAGGCGGUCUAAAUUUCGAAAGAAGUCCACUCCUACAAAAGUUGAUACGACGGCACCCCAAUUCCAGUACGCUAAUGAGCCCGUGCCUCAAGCUGGUCACGCCUACACCGAGACUCUGGUGACGGAAGGUAGCGGGGACUCGGUCGACCCUGAUUGGCGGGGCCGCCUAGACAGGGCGACCGAUAGCUAUCACGAUGGAAGGCUCCAGAACGCUCGCCCCCGCGUUAGCUUCGACCUGGACGGGAAAACGUUUCGUUGGGGCUCUUGGGAUGCUCAGGUUUCCUCGGAGCUCGGAAUUUUAAUGGACUGGAUGAUAGACCACCUUCAUUCAAUCCCAGAGGAAACUGAUCCGUCCGGCAAUGCCACCGCUGUCCGCGCCGCUGAUUUCGUCCUCAGCUAUGUCCAAGAUUCUAUGCACCUCAUGGACGCUGCGGCGGAACAGUCGUUUGCUUAUCGUAUUCUUGAACUUCUGAAAGGGUUUCAGGAGAGGCUUGAUGCUGAUCAACUAAUCCUGUUUGUGGCUAUCAUCAUCAAGCGGCUUGGAGAUCGUGGCGACACAAACGAUAUUCGGAACCUUAUCGCCCGGCUCAUGCCCAACCACAGCCGUGUGUAUCUCAAGGAGCAAGCCUUGCAUUCUCAUGACCUCGCGUCUCUGCGAAACCACCAUGACUUGCUUUGCACGCUGUUCUGGGCCGCACCGCGCCAGUUUCGUCCUGGGGCGCACAUCUUGGAGACGCUAAUCAAACCUGGAGACUCGCACAAGGACGCCUGUCUCGUGAACCUUCGAGCUUGGAACCAACUUGCAAGAUAUAUCGCGGCGACCGAAGAAGACGCGGAAACUUUUAAAAUCUUCCGUCGCUGGCAAUUCGGCAUCUUUCAGCAACUCUUAGACCAGUUCAAGACGGCGGAGAUAGAUGCGCAGGAACAGUACCUGGCCCUUUCAAAAGAUGACAGUCAAGGAAUCACUCAGGCGCGUAUUGAGCUCGUGGUGAAGAUGAACCGAGCUGUGGCAAAAGAGAUUGUGUACGCCUGUCUUCAAGCCUCCCUCGACACCAUGUCAUACGCGCGGACCUCGACUGCAGCCACGUUCGCGCUUGGAUCACUGCAACUAGAGGAGGUGUUUAACCACUUUUCGCUCAUGCCAGUCACGUUAGACUGGGCCAUGUUGAGAGUGGCGCUGGAGACUCUGCGUGGCUACCUAGCUAAGUCGGAGCUCUUCGUUGAUGGGCCCAGGGAAGGCUCAGACGUUACUGCUAGCUUUUCUCAAGCGAUGACGGCCCUUCACCGGGAACUAUCGUUGCUACUUCUCAAUGGCAAGGAGACAUGCUCGGAGCUUGCGGUUGUUGUCUCUGCCCAAUUGCUGUCAUCCUUCUCCCUCACAAACCUGCUCGACGUGUCUCAAGCCUUUGGCCGGGGCAAAUGCAGCCUUUUCCAGACGGAAGCUCAUAAGCUAUCCCUCAGCCAUCGACGAUACCUUCCCUUGUUUGUGGCCGUCCUUCUCAAAAGAGGCCUUUCCGACCCUGAUAGUCUGGGACCGAGCCUGCUCAAUAUCUGGUUGCUUGCCAUUGUGAAGCCGAGAAGUGCGCUUGCGUACGAGAACCAGCUUGCGGAGGAGUUGAAGAAGCGCGAAGAGGAUUUCGUCCCGGGAAAUGUUGUGGGGCUUUCGAUCAAUCCCGAUUACACUUCAAACCGAGAGCUCUUUGAAUAUGCUAUUUCCUGGAUGAGGCGCUCUCUGCGCCAAGCUUCGUCCUCGGAACAGAAAGCGCUGGCUUCAAACUUCUCAGUCGCCUUAAAGACUGUCAUGGAGCAAAUCAAGUCUGACCUAAAAGUUGCCUCGUUAGAUCCUGUGGACCACCUUGGUUAUGUUGCCUUCGUCCGAGAUAUCAUAUCGCUUAUUCGGUCCCACGGCACCGAUAUCUGCGCUAUCGACGAGUUCUUUUACCAAAUGAACAAGGAGUAUUCGCCAUCGAUACAAGACCCCCAGCUGCACGUAGCAGGGAUUGUCUCGUACGGCCUCAGAUUAGGAGAAGGAGACACGAGGGUUGUGCCACAGCUCUUUUACUAUCUUUACAAUAAUUUCAAGGUUGCCUUGAUCAACAAUAAGCUCGGCGGCGAAGCUCAGAUGCUGCGCAAAGGCAUGAAGAACGGCGAGGUCCUUGGCUUUGUCUUGAGCAAGAUGCUGCCAGCCAUCAUCACAGCGUCGACGCGAGUGGCGGGUGCCUAUACCCUUCUUGACAUCUAUUGUGAUGGAUUGUCGACGCGGCCAUUCCACCUUGCGGCACCGCGAGGACGACCCGCCAACCCCGGCCCCGUCGACGAAACCCCCACGGCAGAACAGCCCAGCGACGAGACGCCGCGAGAAACCACCAAGAAUGAUGUUGAAGACGCCUCCGUGAACGAUGCAGAGGCUGCAGCCCAAGCUUCGAGACGGCCAAGAGCGGGCCACCGCGCGACUUUACGGGCGCGACAGUCUAAGAAACGACCCGCUGCUGAGCUCCCCGACUUCCGGAUACCGCAAGAAUUCCUAGACGACAAUGUCUAUAUACACGAUCACAAAUCCCGAGACCACCCUUCGCUUUUUGAUUCGGUAGCGCUCAAGGAUAUCGUGGAUACGUGGACUCGGCUCGGAGAGUACCACGACGUCUUUGCUUUGGUACUUCGCCAUUCGGGGUGGAAUGAAAAGGACGUGGAGGAAGCCGCGAAAAAGGACUUUGAGGGCGUCGCGGAGCGGUCGAGUCUGGUCACGCUGACUGCUGCUUUGGCGGUGCAGGCAUGGCUCAUGGACAACCCGGCGAUCAAGACCACGGAGCCGACAGAAUUUGCUGCGUUGUUGGAGCAGAUCCAUGCCUCUGCGCCGACUCCAUGGUCCGGAGUCGGUUUGCCCGACGAUCUCGAAGUCGUAGUGGAUGAUUAUUCCGAUCCCGAGGCUCUCUUGCCAGAGCUCCAACAAACUUCCCUGUUCUACAAGGACCUCUCCCAAGCCGUGAAUGCCGACCUCGAAGCCCGUCCGCCGAAGCACCUCUCCGGCACCGAUAUCAAGCGGCCGAUGAACGUGAUCAACAUCUCGGGUUUCUCGGGCAAGCGGAUAUCUAGUCUCCUGACUAAAUACAUCGCGUCUACUACGGGCGCCGACCUGGUACGGAUCGGUGCGUUUGAACUUUCGAGGCUCGUGGGCGGCUACUUGGGCCAGGAUUGGGCGUACUCAAAAGGACCCAUGUCAAUGAUGGCGUUUAGGGUGGCAGAGUUCAACGACGUUCUUGGCGAGCCCAUCCAGUGGCCUGUUAAAAGGGAUGAGGAUGACUCGGAGGGCGACGCUACGGUCCUCCACCUCGGGACGGACGAAUCUGACGGGGACUUCAAGGACCCCCUGGACAGAGAGCUCGGCAAGAUCCGUGACAAUGCCAAGGACUACAUUCUCCCUUCUGUCGACCGGUGGGAGAAUCUCAAGAUCAACGUUGCGCUUCAAUGCAUCAUUCGCGCAGCUGAGACCGAGUCCAAGGACCCGCGCAACCAAAAGCUCAUUAUCCAAAUUGACGACUUUGUCGAGCUUGGUAUGACGCUUGAAGGGGCCCUUCUUAUCGGGAGGCUGCGGAACAUCGUGGACAACAUGUGGCUCGGGGGCAAGAAGAUUGCCCUCGUGGGAACUUCCUCUUCCAUGGAGCUGUCUGAAAAGCAUCUGACAUCGCUGCGAGAAAUCGCCCUGGAAGAUUGCGUGACCAUCUGCAACGCCUCUCGUGAUGCCCUAGGGUUCAACCUGGACCUCUACGAGCAACUUGACUGUCUUACCAUCAACAUGGAUAACGCAUUCCACAUGUGGACUGCGAUGGCCGCGGACCCCAAAUCCUCGCCAACGUAUCAUAGCAUGCGUCUUCACCUCCAUUUUUACCACACAAUGCUUCAUUAUCUUAGCGUCGCUGGCGUCGUGUCGGCCAAGACCUUUGCCGUGGGCGACGAUGAACCCAUGACUUCGCAUAGCGAGGUCAUGGAAAAGGUCUUCCGCAAGCUCCUCGAGAUGUUUGCCGAACCCCUACGCAGCGCUAUCCUGCCGCCUACCGAACUCUAUCACUGCGUGCGCCACGUCCUCCACCAGAAUCCCAAGCCGAGCGAAGUCUGGCAGGCGUUCAACCUAGCUCAAUGGCAACGGGACAUGACGAUUGCGAGCACCAACGAGGGGCUUCGGGCUCGAGCCUGGGAGCCUCCGUCCCACUCGCGAUCCACCCCUUCGUCGGACGCAUUUGGAUCCUCUGAUCAGCCCCGACGAAUUGCCGAAACAUUGGGCAUCACCAAUGACUACGAAAAGAAACUUCUCACUGGUCUUAUUGAUAAGGAUCAAAUCAAGACCACUUUUGAGGAUGUGCACGCGCCUCCCGAAACCAUCAGUGCGCUGAGACUCCUCACUUCCCUCUCCCUAAAGCGGCCGGAAGCGUUCACCUAUGGUGUCCUCGCCAGAGAUCGGAUUCCGGGAUGUCUUCUUUACGGCCCUCCCGGUACCGGAAAGACUCUCCUUGCCAAGGCCGUUGCGAAGGAGAGCGGUGCCAGCAUGCUCGAGGUUAGCGCCGCCAGCAUCAACGAAAUGUGGGUUGGCCAGGGCGAGAAGAACGUGCAAGCGCUCUUUUCCCUCGCCAAGAAGCUUGAGCCGCUCGUCAUCUUCAUUGACGAGGCGGAUGCGCUCCUCGCUAGCCGCGCCGACAACGACCGCCGCACGCAUCGCGAGACCAUCAACCAGUUUCUCCGCGAGUGGGACGGCAUGAGCGACACCAACGCCUUCAUCAUGGUCGCCACCAACCGGCCCUUUGAUCUCGACGAGGCCGUUCUGCGCCGCCUCCCGCGCCGCAUCCUCGUCGACCUCCCGCAGCAAGGUGACCGCCUAUCGAUCUUGAAGAUUCUCUUGCGCGGCGAGCGCCUCGAGCCCUCGGUCGACCUCGACAGCCUCUCUCGUCGAACCAUUCUCUACUCGGGCUCCGACCUCAAGAACCUCUGCGUCGCGGCUGCCAUGGCCGCCGUGCGCGAGGAGACGGAACUCGCUGAUAAAACGGGAGCCACUUACCCGGAGCACCGAACGCUGAGGGCGGAGCACUUUGAGCACGCCAUCAAGGAGAUUGGGGCCAGCAUCAGCGAUGAUAUGAAGACCAUGCGCGAGAUCCGCCGCUUCGACGAGACGUACGGCAAGCCGGGGAAGAAGAAGAAGUCGGGCAUGGGUUUCAGCGUCGCCAAGGGAGAGGAGAUUGUCAAGGAAGCGAGGGUGCGCGCCUCGUGA